AUGAAGCUGCUUGUAUUAGCGGCUUUGGUGCAUCUUGCACUACCUCAGGUCAGAAAAUGUUUUUUUAGCUUUCCACGUAUUUCUUUUUUUUUUAGCAAUACUAUCAACAGAGACAGAUGGUUCCUCAGGUUCAAAGACCAGUUUUUUACCCAGUCCGGACGAAUUGUCAACCAAGGUGCAAUAAUCAAAAUCGCUACCGGUGGAACUACAGACCAACAGGUAUGUUUUUUUUUCGGGAGUUUCAGUAAUAAAAAAAAAUGUUUGAGGACUGUCAAGGCCAGUAGUUCCACAAGUGCAAGUUCAAAUCAGAACAAUCCCUCAAGUGAAGCCAGCGCCAAUGGUGGUCCAGCCGAGGAUCGUGCCUUUGCCGACGAUCCCAACGCAGCCUCCUACUCUUCCACAGCCGGUUCCUACUUUGCCAACGCAGCAAACUUCUCAACCAACUACGGUGGUACGAUAUUUUUGGCUUUGAAAAGCUGUGGUAAUAGAAAAAAAUCUUUCUAAACUUUGACUUGAAGAAAAGCAUUUUCCUUCCAAAAAAGGUAGAUAAUUUAUCAAAGCUACAUUGACAGUAAAAUAGGACUCCGGUCCGAACCUGCACAAAUUCAUUCGAUGUUUGGAAUAAAUUAGGUUCUUUUAUGAUAUUAUUUUCCACUUUUUUCGUUUUUUUCGAUCAUUGAAAAAAGCCCUAUCCAGGCGCCAACGACUCUGGAAACGCCUGGACCAGAAUCAGCCACCCCGUCAAUGUCCCCAUCUUUCACUGAUUCGACAGCAGCUCCGGAAACCACUCCACAAAGCGCUUCCACCAAGUAUAUGAGACCAGAGAGAAAAACCACCAAAACCAGUCAGUUGAAAGUUUUUCGAAAUGAUUCAAAUAGUCCUUCCUACAGAGUUCUUCAACCCUUGCCCGUCUGGUCAACCACUUCUCAACGAGUUUUCCACGCCAAUUUCUUGCAACUACCUCAACCAGCCCAAUGGUGGCUGUCCUGAAGAUCAUUUCUGUCAUACAGGCGCUUCCUUCGCCACAACUGCUUGUUGCCCUAUUUCAACCACCGGUAACUUUAUUUUAUUGGAUAGUUUGAUUAUGCAAAGACCAUGCUAAAUAAGCUUGAUAACGAUUUGGGGAGCAGAGUUUUCAAGCCAAACUUGUUCCACUCUGAAGAGGGGGUUUUUUUUCUGAGAGAAAAUUCUUUAUGACAUUAUCUUUGAAUAUUUCUGGAAAAUGACUUCAGAGGAGCGAUGCAGCCAACGUCGAGACACCGGUGAAGGAGACGAACUCGUCGCUCGUUGGUACUUUGACAAACAAGCAAAACAGUGCAAACGGUGAGCUCGAUAGUUUCAUUUUAAAACUUCACAUGUUCAAAAAUUCAUUCCUCGCUAUUUAUAAUUUACAGUUUUCUCUACAAAGGAAUUCGUGGAAAUUCCAAUAACUUCGUUACUAAAGCUCAAUGCAUCGACGCUUGUGAAACAGGUCGCUAAAUCUGUUAGAUCUCCUCAGGAAAAAGAGUUUCAGUGGUGAGCACCGAUAAUCUGAACCCGUGCAAGCUAAACCAGCCCGCUCGUCACAAGAAUCUCUCACGAAUCAUUUGCGGACCUAACGAUGACAGCAUGUGUCCCAACGGCUUCUAUUGCCACAUUGGCGAGAACCCGGAAAUGACGGCUUGCUGUGAAAACAGUGGAUGUCAGUCAAUUCGCGGAUCCCUUUUCAACGAGAAAAAAGUUUUCAGUAACCGAUCUGUGUCUCUUAUCUAUCAACGUUGGUCAAGGCAAAUCUCUUCUGAAGCGUUUUUAUUACAACACCUUUUCGAAAAGAUGUACUGAGUUCAUUUACAAAGGCGCGAAAGGAAACGAGAACAACUUCCUCACCAACACCCAGUGCCAGGAAAAAUGCCAAAGUAAUUUUAUGUCUUAUUAGAGUUAUUUUUGGUCACUCGAAACCCCAUAUAUUGACUCUUCCAAUGACUUUAGCUUGCGAAAUGAAACGGCAUAACUUGUGUUCAGAAUGGAACAAUCCCUGUCCGGUGGCGGUGAAUGUUGCCCAAAGAAGAGAAUGUUCUCUCAACGGAACGGAAUGCAGCGCUGGUCAGUGGUGUCACAUUGGAGCAAGCCAACAGUCCUCAGUUUGUUGCCCUGGAGGUAAGAUUUUCGCCAUAACUCACAUAUUGAAUAGCAAAAACAAGAAAAAAAAAGAAUUAUUUGAGCGUCACCGGACCCUUGCGCUCUACCAAUGUUUGCCGGCGAGGGUACUUCGAAUCUUACUCGUUGGUACGCCGACCCAAGCGACAAGUCGUGCAGCCGACAGUGUAAACCCUUUACUUACAAUGGAUCCAAAGGAAACCAGAACAACUUCCUCACAAAGCAACAGUGUGAACAAAAAGUGUCGAAGUGAGUUUUUUUACAACAAAAAAAGAAGAUAACAAAAAAAUCUUUUUUUCAAAUAAAAAAAUUUGAAAUUAUUUCCCGUGAAUCAAGCGGCAAAUGCCGGAUUUUUUUCAAACACCUUCAUUCAGCUAAUUUGGUUGGGCAAAAAGAAACGCUCAAAUUUCCUUUUUACAAUAUAGUGAAAGUGAGAAAAAAAAUUGAAAAAAAUAGAAAACCUGACUUGUUUUUUUGCCUAAUCUUCUCACUCACAUUCUAGAAGAAUGUAGUAAAUUCUAAACUGCUUAUUUUUUGGAAAUUUUGGUUUUUUACAGGAGAGUGUAAGAAUCCCUGUGGAUCGGGAACCAUGCUCAUGACUCCUGAGGACGAGCCACGUCUCUGCAGUCCAACUUCUCCUUGCCCCAAUACCCACUGGUGUCACGUUGGAAUCACUCCAGAAACCACUGUUUGCUGUUCUGCAGGUAUCUCACCAUCAGCAGUUUUACAAAUCAGAAUUCCCAUUUCAGUUCAAAAUGCUUGCGAGCUCCCUCUUGUCAAAGGUUACGGUAGUUCUUACUUGACCCGUUGGCAUUUUAACCAAGAGGAGAAAAAAUGCUCCAAGUUCAUUUACAGCGGCGAAGGUGGUAACCAGGUGAAUUGACCUCGCAACGUUUCAAUCAAAUAUAUACAUUUAGAACAUGUUCCUCACUCAAGAAGAUUGCCAAGCGGUUUGCCCUGUUUUUGAAAACCCCUGUGGACACGGAAAACCUCUCAUGAUUGGAUCAAAGCCUAAAGAGUGUUCACCAAAUGAGAGGUAAAAUAUUCAGGAUCAAAUUUUCGUCAAAACUAAAAUUCUGUGUCUUGAAAAAGAGAACCUUCAGAUGUCCUUCUACACACUUCUGCCACAUCGGAGUCGACGGAGCGCAAAACUACUGCUGUCAAAAAAGUUAGCAGAAAAAUGUAUGGACAAAAAAAAGAUUUCUUCAGAUGGUGACCCAUGUCUGCAGAGUUUGAUGCCAGGAAAUGGCGGAUUUUCUAUGACCAGGUUUCUCUACACCUUUUUGAGUUUUUCUUGAUAGCGAAUUAAUGCAGGUUCUACUACGAUAAAGAAACUAAGCGUUGUCGCGAAUUCGUCUACCAAGGAUCAAAAGGAAACGCGAACAAUUUCCUGUCACAUGAAGACUGUGAACUUGUGUGUCCAGGUAGACGCUUUAUUUGGUAAUAUCAAAACAACAUUUUCGCUCUUGAUUAUUUACCUCUAAAACGAAAUAUUUAGUUUUACCGAACCCUUGUCAAUUGGGAGAGCCGCUUCUGAACGGAAUGAAGGAACCUGUGAUCUGUGGAGGAGCUGAAACUUGUUCCAGCGGUUACUGGUGUCACGUUGGCGGCAGCCCUGAAACUACCAAUUGCUGUCCUGGAAGUGAGGAAAAAGAGUGUGAAGCCGAACUCCGAUCACGAGUUCAGCGCGAAGACCUUGCGACUUGCCACUGGAAUUCGGUCAAGGAAGUGAAUCGUUGUCUCGUUGGUUCUUUGACGGCGGAAUCCAGAUGUGCAGACCUUUUGUCUACAAGGGGAUGAAAGGAAACUCCAACAACUUCCUGACGAAGCAAGCAUGCAGACAAAUGUGCAAAGGUAUCGUAUAAACCAUCUUUCUUGACAGUUAUGAUUUUAUUGUUCAGAGCUUAACCCCUGCGGCUAUGGUGAGCCGAUCACAGAUUCGGCAGGAGAACGAACUCUUUGCACUGGAGGUCAACGUGUCGACUCCUGUCCUCGCGCCAGUUAUUGUCAUGUCGGAGCCACUCCUCUGACCACAAUCUGUUGUCCGAAAAGAAGUGAGACAAAAGGGACGUUCGAAAAUGGAAUUCAUUGAGCUGCAGAUGUGGAUCCUUGCGAUCAACCGGUAGAGGAAGGAACUGGUGGAGAAGAUUUGUCUCGUUGGUUCUUCGAUCGAAAGCAAAACCGGUGAGCUCAAGACCUUUUGAAUAAGCAGAAGUUUAGAGGUGUACCUUCGUUUGCUUAAAGAGAAGUUUGAAAAAUGCCCGUCAAGUUAUUUAGGCCAACCAAAAAUAAUUUACAGUUCAAAAAGCCCAAUGUCAAAAUGUGUCAAAAAAUUUAGCUGCGCUCCUUUCAACUAUGGCGGCGUCGGCGGAAACGAGAACAACUUCCUGUUGCAAGCGAACUGCCAGUCAGCAUGUCCAGGUAACGGCUGACAAAAUAGUGAAACGUUUGUUAUAUUUCUCCAGAAUAUCGGAACUAUUGCCCCCACGGGAUCCCACUCAUUGAAGGAGAGCAAGUUACAUCGUGUGGAAUUGAUAAAGGAUGUCCGGACGGAUUCAUAUGCCACAUGUCGAGCGAGUACAACGUUUCUGUCUGUUGCCAGGUAUGGUCUUCGUUUUGGUUUCAAUUUCUUGAAAACAUUUAAGAACAGGUUUGAGAGCAGUGUUUUCAAAAACGCCAAAAAGCAGUGGGGGAACAAAGAAACUUAUUCCAAUCGAAGAAAAGUUUUUCUGCUCGCGACUCACUUAAAUUAAAAAAAAAACAUGAACUUAUCAUUCGAAACAGAUUUGAAGUUUCACUUUCAGGACCCAAUGGACUUUUGCUUGUCCCCACGUGAUCCCGGCCCGUGUAACAGUUACGAGAAACGCUACGGCUACAAUCCGGCAAGCGACACCUGCAUGGAAUAUCAGUACGGAGGCUGCGAGGGAACUCUCAACAACUUUCACUCCCUUCAAAGGUGUACCGAAAUUUGCUGCAAAGAAUACAAACGAAAGCAUAAACUGUAA